UGCCACUGUGGCUACAUUUGGAGAUACAGUCCGUGGUGCGGGGGCCAGUGGGGAGGGACCGCCGGGCUGAGGAAGGGCAGUAGCACCGCAACCGAGAAACAUCCUUCUCACCGAUGUGCAGACUGGUUUGCAGCCUCUGAUUGGUGGACUCCAUGAGUCUUUACAGCUGAUGGAAUCUGGAUUUUACUGGAAAAGACAGAAGAACCCACCUGCUUUCCAUCCCUGAAUCAGACUGAGCGACAUCAACGCCAUGGAGAACCCAGUUUUGGAGCCCAGAUCAGAGCGGAUCGCUCGCUAUAAGGCUGAGAGGAGGCGAGAGCUGGCUGAGCGUUUUGGUAACGUGGAGGAACUACCUUCAAAGUGGGUGAGGAGGGAUGGGAAGGACACCCAUGACCCGGGAUCCCAAGCCCCGAGAGGGACAUCGAACUCAGAUGGCCCGAGAGUUAAUGGCAGGACACGAGGGGUCUCAAAUGGAUUAGAGACAGAGACGCCUGCAGAGUCCAGCUACCUGGGAAGGCAGGGUUCCCAGGACUCUGCCAGCAUGCUGAGUGGGGAGGGGGACCUCUUCCCCGAUGGGCACGAUGUCCCGCAGCUCCACACUCGGGUGUCGGUAGGCCAGUUGAGAAGUGCCCUCCUGCAGCAGACGGGGAGCGGAGCGCAGCUCGAGAAAGUCUGCCCCGAUGCUGGGCGAGCCACGUCCUCCUUGGACCUGGCUGUAGACCCGGGCUCUGAGGGGGGCAGACGACGCACCCGCCGCUACCUCCCUGGUGGUGGGCCUGGUGGUGGUCGCAAGACCAGUGAGCGCUUCAGGACGCAGCCGAUCACAGCCAAUGAGAUGGAGGAGAGCAGCGGGCUGGUGGAUGCAGAGGAAGAGGAGAACUGUAAAGCUGAUGUGAAAACAGACGACAGAGCCAAAAUGAGUGUGGCCGCCAAGAUGUCUUUGUUUAAAGAACUGGAGAAAUCUGCAGCCCCCGAGGCCCCGGCCCUCCUGAAGCCUCGAUCGGGCAGUGUCUGCCAAGAACGCAGGGUGCGACGUGGCAACGACCAUCGCUUCCUCACUCAGCCAAUCACCUGUGAGGAAAUGGUGGCUAUCAGCGCCCCCAAACCAGCUCUUCCAGUGGAAUCCCAGUCUGUGCAGGCGGAGGUAGUGGAAGAUGUCGACGAGAGCUGCAGGCUGAGCAUGAGUGAGAAGCUGGCGCUCUUCACCAAACUUUCUCUUCCGGAGAGGAAGGGGUCCAGUCAUCCCGACGGGCCCCCAGAGAGGAGAAGGCAGAAGGGGGCUCGGUACCGAACUCAGCCCAUCACCGUGGAGGAGGUCAGCCUGCUCCAGAAAGGCCCCGUACAGCUCCCUGCCUUCUGUUUGUCCCCUCAUCUGUCCGACAGACAGCAGGCCUCGUCUGUCAACCUAAAGCCCAGCGAGGUUCGUCUCUCUCAGCCAAGACCGGACGCCGAGCCCAGUCCCGGCCAGCAGGGCCUGCAGCGCUACGACUCUGAGCCCGGCUUGAGAGGAAUCCUGAAGAAGAGCCGCUCUGCAGCCUCUGAGUGGAGCGGGAUGGAGGGCGUUCAGGUGGAUGCACCCUGCAGCCACGAACAGAACGGAGGGGGCUGUGGAGAAGCAGUGAUACAGGGGAGGAUGGAGGGUGCAGAGAGGCAAGGACUUGUUGCACCACCGCGAAGAAAGAGAGGCGAGGCUUCAGGUGCGGAGGGAGGCAAACUCACUGCCACUCCCUGGAGGCAGAGAGCUCGAAACAGGAGGGAAACCAUCGCCUGCACGCCAACAAGAGCCUCAUCAGAGCAGGACGCUCCUCAGGAGGAGAGGCCCUGUCAGACCAGGCUACAGGAGCAGUUGGCCUCCUCUGUGGAAUGCAGCUCAGACAUCACCAGGAAAGUCCUAAUCAAUGAAGGAUCCCCAGUUGUUGGACAUGUUCAGGUGACGCUGGUGGAUGGAACCUCAACACUGCAGGAGACGACCAAAACCAGCAGGAGUGAGGAGGAGACAGAAAACCUCCUUUGUGAAAGUGUCACCCCUCAGUGCUGGGAACCUGUGUUUGCCUCUGUCUAUUCUAGCUCUACGCCCCAAUAUAUCAUGUGUUUCAAUCAGACAAAUCAGUCCUUCGAGGCACAAGAAGUCUCCUCUCCCACCAAGAACCCGAUUCAGCCUCAGUGGAGACAGAAGGUGAAGGAAGGGGAGGAUGAGCCGCUUCAGGUGGACAAAGCAGAGGAAGCGAACGCACAGCAGGAAAGUCAAGAGCAGGAGCCUGGACACAUGGUCAAGAGAGAGAUCUCAGUGCUGCCUGUGAUGGAGCGUGAAGCUCCGCAGAGAUCCCCACUCUCAGCCUCUCCACAGGAGCAGAAGGAGGAGACGCCUGUGGAUGACUCCGGUGCAUUUAAUGGAGGCGACCGGCCGCCUCCCUCUGCCUGCGCCCCCCCACCAUGUGGAGAAGUUGCUGCCACAGAGAGUGAGCAGGAUCUGGGUGUCCUCUGCCAGACCAACACUCACAUACUGACCUCAGCAGUAGCAGAGCACAGACGGUCCGUGCGUCCAUCCCGUCGGACUCAGGGCUCCAGAAACCCUCUGAGGGCGCUCGCUGCCAGAGAGGACGUCAGCCAGGACUACAUGGGAGAGAGAGUUAACGCAGCUGCUGAGGAAAGGAUCCAAGCAGAGAAGAAGUCUAAGAACUCCUCUGUGUCCAGAUCAGAGGACUCCAUUGUUUCCUCAGAUGCUGCAAAGUCUUAUCCUCCCUUCAGCAGCCUGAUGCUCAUUCACAUUAAAGGUAGGUGGCGUGUCCAGGUGCGCCUGGUGGAGCCCUCGGUGCGGUCGCUGAACAGUGGAGACUGCUUCCUGCUGGUCACUCCGGAACGUUGUGUGCUGUGGACCGGAGAGUUUGCCAAUGAGCAGGAGAAAGCCAAGGCCAUGGAGCUAGCCUCAUCAAUCCAGAGCCAGAGAGACCUCGGCUGUCAGGGAUCACAGGUCGUCCACCUGGAGGAGGGGCUGAACUCUGACAGCAGCGAGGCUUCACAAUUCUGGGACCUGCUCGGAGGACGGUUGCAAUACAGAGGAGCUGGUGCACCAGAGGAGGACGAGCUAUAUGAGUUUGGCGUGGUGGAAUCGAACUGUGUGUUCAGGCUGGUGGAGAACAGACUGGUGCCUCAUGAACAAGCCUGGGCCUCCAUCCCCACCAUCUCCCUGCUGGGCUCCACUGAGGCCCUGGUGUUUGAUUUCGGCAGCGAGGUGUACCUGUGGCACGGACGCGAUGUUUCCCCAAGCAGGAGAAACGUUGCUCUCCAGCUGACUCAGCAGGUGUGGGUUGGAGCUUAUGACUACAGCAACUGUCGAAUCAACCCACUGGAUCCCACGCAGAGUAACCCCAGCAUACAGCGGAGGGGAGAGGGUCGUCCCAGCUGGGCGCUGUUCGGCGUCCUCUCGGAGGACAACGAGACGGUUCUGUUCAGAGAGAAGUUUAAGGACUGGACGGUUGGAUGCGUUGCGGAAGCUGCGUCAGUGAACCUGGAGACACAGGCCGUCCCAGCUCAUGCUCCCCAGUCCGUCUCCCAGCCCUCAGGCCUCCUGAGCCCCUGCGAUGCUAAGGCUCUAGUGUCGGGCCAGUCGUUGGACGGAGACGGUUUGGUUCAUAAUGUGCUGGGUGGGGUCGAUGUCCAGAGAGGUUACGGCGUCGUCACGCUGGAGGAAGGACGUCAGAUGGAGCUGCGAACGAUUGCAGUUGACACCUGGCACGUGCAGGAGUUCGAUGACAGUGAGGUUCCAGUGGAGAGCACAGGGCAGCUUCACGAGGGAGACUCCUACGUCAUCCGCUGGACGUACAGCAUCAGUGCUGCUGAUAAGCCGAACAGUUUGGAUGAAUGCAGCAGUGCUUCUGGACACAACGAAAACACCGCCUUCUUCCUGUGGCGGGGUCGACACUCCAGCGUCAGUGGACGCGACACUGCUGCUUUCCUUUCGAUCGGGAUGAACAACCUGGAAGAAUCGCUGGUGCUUGUACCUCAGGGGGAGGAGCCUCCCUGCUUCCUGCAGCUUUUCCAGGGAGGCCUGGUCAUUCAUAAGGGCAAACGGGAGGAGGCCUUCACUGAUGCAGAGUGGCGUCUGUUCUGCGUGCGAGGGGAGCUCCCGGAGGAGGGAUCCCUGCUCGAGGUCGAGUGCUGCUGUGCAGGUCUGCGCUCAAGGGGCUCUGUUGUCCUGCUGAACAGCCAGCAGGGGGGGCUGUACCUCUGGACUGGUUGUAAAGCUCAGGCCAGCACCAGGGAGGUCAGCAAGAGGGCAUUGGAGCGUCUCACUCAAAUGUGCCCACCAGAGCUGGGUCUCAACAAAAGCUGUCCUAUGAAGGUGCAGGUAAUAGAGGAGGGUUCAGAGCCUGCAGAUUUCUGGACAGCACUGGGAAAGAUGGACAGGAAGGCGUAUGACUGCAUGCUGCAAGAUCCAGGAAAGUAUAACUUCACACCUCGUCUAUUCCAUCUGAGCACCUCCUCUGGGAGCUUUCGGGGUGAAGAGCUGCAGAGUCCGAGCCGGCUGCCGGGGCUUGUGAUGGCGAUGCCCUUUGUCCAGGAGAGUCUGCUCUCUGCUCCACAGCCAGCCUUGUUCUUGCUUGACAACCGUCUGGAGGUCUACCUCUGGCAGAGGGGUCAGCCUGAGCAUACGGAGAGCUCAGUCUCGGCCUGGAGCCGCUGGCACGAUGAGAGGAAGUGUGCCAUGCAGACAGCGCUGCAGUACUGCAAAGAGAUGAACCCGAGACGCCCACCUCAGGCUUACCUCAUCUUAGAGAGGUCGGAACCUCUCACCUUCACUAAUGUCUUCCCCCACUGGGAGAGGAGCCUGGGACCCUCCUCACAGGGUGACUCAGGGAGGGUACAGCUGACCUUGGUGCAGGACGCCCUGGCCCAGCUCAUGAAGACCCAGUACCCCCUGGAGGAGCUGCUGCGGAGCCCCUUACCUGAAGGAGUGGACCCCCAGCAGCUGGAGGUCUACCUGUCUGACGAAGACUUCCAGACUAUUUUGGAAAUGAAGAGAGAUGAAUACGCCUCCCUCCCGAGCUGGAAGCAAAUAGAUCUGAAGAAAAGCAAGGGGCUUCUAUGCUAGAACAGUGAGCACAUGUGGAAGCUGACUGUCGCUCCUGCAGCAGGGACUUCCUCCUCCACUGAGAAGGGAGGAUGAUGGGGGGGGGGUAUUGCCACUGUGUUGUUGCACAAAGGACUACUCACAUCGUAAUAAAAAGAAGAAAAAAAUUCACCUUUAUUUAUGUCAAAAAUUAGUAUGGUGUGUGGACUUUUUAUCGGACAUGGUUUUCUUUGUAGCUUUUGUCCAGAGCAAAAAAAAAAAACAAAACAAAAUUUCCUCUGAAACUUCAUAUUAUCUGUAC